AUGCAGCACGCCAAGAAACCCGCCACCAUUUUCGACGACCUCGCCUUUGUUCCCGAACACGACCUACUGGAUGCCUCGUGGCUCGACAACGCGCACGACCUUCCGAGCAAGGCGGCGAGCAAGCAGGGCAAGCCGGCGUGGCAAGUGCAUCUCAAGCACCCCCCACCCGCCUCCACCGAUGUCGCCCCCUCGUCUCUCCGCAACCUCUCUGCUCCGCGGGAUGCCAAUCUCGAGGGACUCCUCGCCGCGCAGCUUCCGCCGCCUGGGGGCGCGGCUGGAAACGCGGCGGGGAGCGCGGCGGCGCUGCGCGAGGAAGAGAUGGAGGCGUGGUUUCAGUACCCGCUGGGCGAGCCCAUAGACGGUUUCGGGCGGUUGAGAGCGGUGGAGGGGCUUAGUGUCGAUGACGGCGGACAGGGGUUGGAGGGCUGGCGCGCGGAUGAAAUCUCCGCCGUGGAUCUCGCGCGGGGGAGGGCGGCUGCUGGCUCUCGCGCAAGCCUUGCGGAGUUAGCUGCGCUUUCGCAACCCGGAGCUGGCGCGGACACGGGCGCACAUGCCGCGGGGCUUUGCGGAAACUCACAGGCGCAGCAGCGCGCCGAGCCGGUUGGCGUUUCCGCAACUAUGGGAGGCAGAGGCGCGGGGCAGAUGGGCGGACUUAACAGCAUGGUGGCGGCCGCCAAGCCCUUAUGCGCAACCUCUGCCGCCCCCGCGGUCUCCACCGCUCCCGUCGGUGCCGCGGGCGCGUCGUCGAGUGCGGCGGCUCCCCUCAGCGGCAACGCGGGCAUCGCGGGUGUGAGCGCGCGCCUGGCGAAUAAGGCCCUCGCGGCUCUUAAAACUGGCAAGCUCGCGUCACCUCCCGCGUCGUCCGCUGGCGAUUCAAACGCGCUCGCCGUCGCUACUACCGAGGGUGUUCGCGAUGCGACGGCCGGCACGGCGGCAACUGCGGCGGCCGGAACGGCGGCAGGAGCGGCAGGUGCGCCGGCACCGGGUGCGUCGAAGCCUCCCGCCUCGCUGAGCAACAUGCCGCGCCCGACCAGUGAGUCCAACGCUAGUGCCGCCGCGAUUGCCGGCGCGUCCCACGGCGUGGUGACAGGCAACUGCGUUCCAAGCGCACGGCAAAGUGCGGCGUGUCGGCCUUUGCCGUACGCCCCUUUAAAUGUGUCGCGCCAGCAGCAGCUGCAGCAGCGGCAGUUGCGGGCCGACGCGCGGCAACCCGAUCAAACGCAGGAGCCGGCGGGGACUGCGGCGGAGCGUUCGCCUGACGCGGGGCACGCGUCGACGGUGACGAGUACCGCACCCGCGGGUUGCGGCGCGAACGGCGCGCACAAAGCGGAAAGAGCCGCGACGGGCAGUUCCGGAAUGGUGAGGCGCGCGGAGGAGGGCAGCGGAGGCGGCAGUGCGGGGGGCAGCGGUGGGGAAGGAAGCGCGGGCGGGGGCACGGAGCGGACAGGGCAGGCGGAGCGGCCUGCGCGCACUGCCAGCAUCGGCGGAACGAAGGACUCGUGGCUGCCCGGAGCGAGCCGCGGAGGGGCGCGCGGAGGGCGGAAGCGGGGGAGAGAGGAAGGGGAGUACGCGCGGACAGAGGAUUUGCCGGAGGAGAGCCUGGAUACGCGCAGAACGGGCGCGACUGGCGCGACGGGCGCGACGAGCGGGGCGGGGCGGAGAAGCGGCUUGGAGGGCAGCGCGGCGAAACGAGCGCGCGCCGCUGAAGUGCACAACAUGUCUGAGCGAAGGCGGCGGGACCGCAUCAACGAGCGCAUGAAGGCGCUACAGCAGCUCAUCCCCAACUCCAACAAGACGGACAAGGCGUCAAUGCUAGACGAGGCGAUAGAGUACCUGCGCAUGCUGCAGCUGCAGCUGCACGUCAUGUCCGCGCGCACAGGCAUCGCGCUCCCCCCCGCCCUCGCGCUCCCCCACCCCACCCCCCUCUCCGCCCUCCCGUCGGGCACCCCCUCCGCGGACCAGCUCCCCGCCCCUGGCGCGGCUCUGGGGGGCCGCGCAAAACUUGCGCCAUUCGCGCACCCCGGCCGCGCGGCGAUGGAAAUACAGCUCGCGGCGGCAGCAGUCCGCGCGCUUGAGGCGGCGCUCAAGCGGAAGCUCGAGGGGGAAGCGGUGGGGGACUUCAACGUCGACGCUUCGGCGGAAACUUCCGCGCUCCUGAAGCGCGCGCGCGGCAACCCCGAGGGAGGCGCGGCCACGCAGAGCGGCAGGCCCGAGUCUGGCGCGGCAGGACGCACCGACGGUGUUGCCGAUCUCGGGGAUGCUAAUAACGCGGACGCGAAUCGCGCAGAGAGUUCCAGAAGACCGGCUGCGGGCGGCAGUCGGUCGGCCGCGCGAGGCGGCGCCGAUGACGUCAUGCCGACGCGAUCUGAGCUGGAGGCGAUUUGGCAGUUAGUGCACUCGGGGUACUUCGCGGGCGGCGGGGAAGGGGAGCUGCGCGAGGGGCAGGGCGCGCACGAAGCGGCGGAUUUGACGGGCGCUUCGGGCAGCAGAGGAGAAGGGUCUUUGCCACGUGCCGUAGGAACGGCUGAGGUGGCCGCGCGAGAGGGAAGAGCGAUUCGGAAGGCGUGGGAGGAGUCUCUUUCCGCGCAAGGCGGGGGGGCGGGCGGAGGGGUGGGGGAGCGGGGCGGAAGGGCGGAUGAGUUUGCGGGCGGCGGGGGGCAGCAGUCGUCGAAGAAGGGGCAGAACCUGGGCCCCCAGGCCAUGGCCGCGCGGAUGCGGCGCGAGCGAGUCAACGCGCGCAUGAGGGUGCUGCAGGGGCUGGUGCCGGGGGCGGCCACCAUGACCACAGAGAGCUUCCUGCUGGAGGCUGUUCACUACGUGCGCUUCCUGCUGCAGCAGGUCAUGGAGCUAUCAGAGCUCUACACCCCUCAGAACCGCAAUAGAGAGGAGGGGGAGGGGGAGAGUGGGGGGGAGGCAGGGGAAGGUGCUGGGUGCAGCGUGGAGGGGGGGGCCGGGGGGAAGGGUGACGUGGACAGCGAGUUGAGGCGGGAAGGGCUGCGAUUGGUGCGUGUGGAUCGGCUGUUGCCGAUAGUGGGGCCUGCGCUCUUCCCGCCGUCCGUCGUGGUUGCUAUCUCAUCCCUAAUGGCCGCCGUCGCCGCGUCGCUCGCGCCCCUCACGUCCUGCGCCGUUCCGUCGCGGUGCGGCCUGAAACAGCGCGGCAGCUCGGCGCGCUCUGCUGAAUCGAAGCCAUUGGUCCACGUGUCGCCCAUCAACAGGCUCAGAUGCAGCUGGCUAGACGAGCGGGGAGUGUUGUCGCACGCGAUCAGUCGGUCGCAGAGCCAGUCUCGUCGCACAUCGCUCACUGUCAGGGCGGCAGGUGAAUCUGCAGACACACCGGCCACAGAUACCGCAGGGAGCAAGCCUACCACACCUGAGGCAGCCUCGGCAGAGUCACCAUCAGCCUCGGGAGUGCCGUGCACGUUUGCGAUUCCCGACGGUGAAAUCUGCGAACCCGAGCUGACGUCGAAACUCGUCGUCACCCUCAUGUUAAAGCGGAGAACGCGCGACGGGGACGACGGCGAGAGCGACGGAGAGGAGGGCGGGAAGGGGAGGCAAGGCGAGGAGGGAGGGAGGGAGAGGAAGGAGAGGAAGGAGAAGGAGCGAAAAGGAGGGCGACGGGAGAGAGGCGAGAGGCGACGGAAACGACGGGAGAAGAAGCGACGGUCCCUAAGCGACGAUGACGCCUCGAACUCUGAUUGGUCGAGCUCCAGUAGAGAUAGCAGCAGUAGUGAGAGGGAGAACAGCAGCGAUGCGGAUUCUGAUUCGUCGUCAGACGAUCGCAAGAAGAAGCGUGAGCGGCGGCGGGAGAAGCGGGAGAAGCGGGAGAAGCGGGGAAAGGAGAAGGAGAAGCGGAGAAGGAAGGAAGGCGGGAGGGAGAACGAACAGGACGGUGGGUCGGCAGAGGAUCAGUUGGAGCGCGAUUUGCGGCGGAUGAUGCGGGAGUUCCCGUUGGACGUGUCGCACGACCUCGUUCGACUCCUAGAGCACGUCGACGGCGGCGAGGCGGUGGACGUUGGCGGCAUCCCGGACCGCCGCCUUAAGAAGCUUCUCGGAAGCAUCUUCCACUCUCUGGGAUAG